AUGUCGUUGAGCCGAACCAACAGCAAGUCUGGGGCCAGCGGUAGUGGCAGCUCGGGAGACGCGGGGGCCACGCCCUACCUCCAGCAGCUGCGGCGACAGCUCUCGAACCUCGGCUCGUCACAGAAGCCACGGCGCAGAUCGACGCAGCCCCCAGGCCCUGCCGCAGAGAAGAGUGCGGCUAUUUGUUCAGCGGUGCAGUCAGUAUUGCUGGAGCCUCUGGCUGCUGUUCAACUCGAGGUGAGUGAUGUGAGCUGCGCGCGACUGCAGUACCGACUCCUGGGCACCAAGCGCUACUGGUACCGGUCAGUCAAGCAGGAGAAGCAGGGCAAGAUCCGCUGGGAGGUCAAGAUCUACCACAUCUGCUGCCGGAAGUCCACAGUUGAUGCUCUUGUCAAAUGUACGUGGCACACGAUACCUCGACUCGCCAGUGAAGACGCCGCGAUCAAGUCCAUCGGCUUCUUCGACACUGAGAAAGCGGCGAUGACGGCUCUCGAGGCUGCCGUCAAGGCGCGCGACCUCACUAACCCGUUUACAGGUUUGAGCACGCGGAAAAGCGAGCUGCCUCUGGAGCUGGUCAAGCACUUUCAAGUGGUGGUUGUGUCGGACAGAUUCCAGAGGAAGUCGCAGAACGAGCGGAUGGACUUGAUAUUUGAGCUCUUGCUCAACGCGUCGCCAACUGCUGCCAAUGCUCAAGAAGAAAGUGACACGAGGCCUGCCUUCCAGCAAACUCAAACUCUAUGGCCAACGACCGCAUCUCAGUUGCGAAGUUUUUCAACUAUCAGUGAUAAUGUGAUCGCGAUGCCGAUGUGGAGGUCCGUGGCUUGUCAUUUCACUAUCUGUGCGAAAACAUCCGCACAAUGGAAGGCAGGACGAAGCAAACAAGACAUGGGGCGGUCGUUUACUGAGCGAUUCGGAGUGAGUCACCUGGCGAACGAUCGAGCGUUUAAUGUAAAUCAGGGGGUGCUUCCUGUAUCUCGUGGGCUGGCGGAGUUGGUAUCUCUGAACCAGGAGGAGCUGGUUUCCAGGCACAAGACAGAGUCUGUACCGCACUUCUACCACGGACUCCCGGACGAAGUGAAGCGCAUGAUUGCAGAGGAGCAGGCCAAGAUGGACCAGGGGAGGGCAGAAUCUCUUGCCUUCCAGAAGCUUGCCAAGAACACCGAGGGCGCCUUCAUCAAAAAAUAUCUGAAGCGUCGACGCGAGUAUUUAGUGGUGGUCAUCAAGCUGCAGCAGUUGUAUCGGAGCAACAUGCAGAGCAAAACCUUACGGCGAUGCUUCCGUCGGCACUUGGGCGCACUUGCCCUCCAGCGUUUAUUUCGCGGUCACCAACGGCGGAAGUACGCGAGAGCAUACUUCCGCGUUGUCACGUGUGCGGUGCUGAUCAUUCAGUCGGUGUAUCGGUCGUACAAGUCAAGGCAAGAAACCAAAGCAAUGCGCAUUCUAUACUACGACGCAACACUAAACCUCCAGCGGGUGUAUCGAGGGUUCGUCGGACGACAACAAGCUCGGCGGAUACGUCGCCUGCAGGCCCAUGCCAUUGUGAUGGAGAAACUCGUCCGAGGGUUCAUGGGGCGGCGCAGAGCUAACCGGAUUUUCCUUGCCAGGCACAAGCAGCAAGUUGUCAUUCCUGCGUGUGUUCUCAUUCAGCGAGUGUGGCGUGGCCAUCGAGAACGACUGUUUGUUAGAGCCAAACGCCUGGCGAUAGAGCGGAUACGAGUGCACUUACCCGCUGCGCUACGAAUUGAGACGUUGAUUCGGGGCUUCUUGGCUCGGCGCCUAAAGUUCUGGCGCUCUCGACGAUACUUCCAGAAGUGGAUGGAGCUCAUGGAGUUGAGACGACAGGACCGGAUGGCGUCGCACAUCGGAUCUAUUGCGCGUGGCAUCCUCGCGAGGAAGUUCAUCCAGCGCGAGAAGCGGAAGCGAUACCACCGGCGUGUGUUGGAACCCUCCGCCGCGAGAAUUCAGCGCGUGUUUCGCGGUUAUAUCGUGCGGAAGCGGUUGGAAGACACGCGCGACCAGAUCGAGGCGGCGAUCACGCUCCAGCAAAUGUGGCGCUCUCGAUCCACCGUCAAGACGAUUAAGGAGAAGCUGCGUGGCUUUCGACUCAUGCUGUGGGAGGCUGCAGCAGGGAAGAUUCAACGAUGCUACCUCUGCUAUCGAGCCCGUCAGGAGUUAAACUUCCGCCGUCUUACGCAUCAAGCUUGCUUUGGUAAGGCCGCACUUGCAGUCCAAUCUGCUUGGAGGAGCUACUGCAGCCGGAAGCAGCUGAAAGAAUUCCGCUUCUGCUCGUUGAUCGAGCGGAAGGCGUGUUCGCUCACUCAGGCAAAAGAAGACCGCGAGAUGAUCGAGUUCGACAUCUUCGAUGCGCGGGCCGAUCUGAAGCGCGUGAUGAAGUACAAAGCGAAAACACUGCGGCGCGUCAAGGAGAUGAAAGACAUGCGAAUCGAGUGGGAGCGACGUCAGCCGGUCGUCGAGAAAGAGCUGAGCCAGCUCACCGAAGAAGACUUGGAUCGAGGCUGGGGUGAGGCUUUCGAGACUGAGAAGCACAUCCUGCACUUCAGUCUUGAGCUCAGUGUGGAAGAUAUCCUCUCCAAGAAGCAGCAGGUGCGCGAGUACGAGCAGGAGAUCGAAGACUUACGCAUCGAGCUGGAGGAUCUGGAGCGCGAUAUGGAGGAGUGCGUCUUGAAUGAAACCAUGGAGCUCGAGUCGUAUCGUGACAUGGAGCUGCAGCGAGCAGGUAGUUUGUUUGCGGAGGAAAAGGCAAAGAGAGUGCGGCUGCAGCGUAUUCGGUGGGGCACGAGGAAUGUGCGAAAGCAUGUCAUUAAGCGCGAGCGCCAAGACCUGCAGGUAUUUGCAAAGGAAGCGUUAGCAAAGCGACAAGUGGAAGAGCUUGGUGUGCUAGCGUUCGAGAAGAAGCAGUUCGUGAAGCGCAAACUUGAGCAAGCGAUUGAAGACGCCGCGCGGUCUCGAGCGAAGCAGAACGAGGUGAUGAUGGAGAUGAAGCGCGACUCGAACGUUCUCCACGGCUUCAACGAGGCAGUUCAGCGAAUGCAGGCAAUCACUCAGGACUUCUCGUUCGAAUAUCGGUUGCCGAAAACGGACUUGCGAGAAGAUCCCAGCUCAGCAAUGUGCUCCGGCUGCGGUCGAAUCACUUGUGACUGCCAUCUAAUGAAUAGCGAGGCGGAUGAGGAAGAUGGAGUCAGUGAAGGCACCACAAAGCAACUAGACGCGAACAACGUAAUGAUCAACGCCAGAAACAGAAACAGGUUGGCCAGACGUUGGCGAUACCAGGAUUGA